UUUUUAAGUAAAAUAUAUUCAUUCUCACUAAGUUGUAUUUUUAGAAUGAGCUUAGCUAAACUAAUUGAAAAUCAGAAAAUUAUUAAAAUACAUGAACACUUUAAAACUACUACAAAAUUCCAUCUAACUAAAGGAAUAUUUGAGUAUGUGAUAAUUAGUGACUUUUCUGACAUCAAAAACAUCAUGAGAAUAAUUAUCCAGAAUUGUAUAGAAAAAACAAUUGGAGAAGGCAUUAAAAACAAAAUUGAGCCUGAUACUUUAGGUUGUAUUGUGAGUUGUGAUCUAUUUUAUGAUGAUGUAUGUAGUCCAAUAUGUGAAAUGUCUAAUAAUAAUACUUUGGACGACAUUCUAGAUGGAAUUAUAGGAAAAGCAUAUUUACUGAGGGGUGAACCUUUUACUGUGACAGUCACUGGAGUAAAUGUGAAGGGUCUUCCUAAAAGAACAUCUUUUAACAAUGUUUAA